AUGGCUGUAGCAACUCGACGUCGACCCAACACAAGCGCGCCGGGAGAUGGCUCGCGCACCAUGACGAUUACCAGCGCACCGCCACAGGAGGAGGAUGGUUCCGGAGAAGUAAGCGACAGUGGAGAGGGACCAAGUGAGGUCGGAACAUUGCGGCUCCGUGGCGAGCUUCCACCACGGUCAGCGGGCAGGAGACGGGUUGUGUGGGAUGCCGAUGUUGUUGACAACGAAGGUUGUGGACGGAAAUCAUCCAAGAUCUGCUGCAUCUACCACAAACCGCGCAAUUUCGACGAGUCCUCCUCAGAAAGCGACUCGUCUGAUUCUGGAGACGACUCGUCAGGAGAGGAGUAUGAUGCGAGAAUCGCAGCGAGACGGAGAUUAGAGCAACGACAACACGAACGAUCCCAUCCUCACCCACAUUCCGACUCUGAUGGCGCCGCUGAAAUUGAUUCAACGAUCACACAACUGGAGCAGCCACCGCCCACCACGAACGCCUACGAGAAGGCUCCACCGUCUUCCUCACGCAAAGGCAAGGCACGACGCAAAUCUGGCAAGUGUUCCUUCGUCGCUUUAACUUUUGCCAAUCUAUUCCAGGUUGAUUAG